AAGUAAAAAUUUACUUAAAGUAAUAUGAAGAAAUUAUUGAGCCAAAAACCUUAUGUUCGCCGGAAAUGGCGAUGAUACCAGUAAUAAAGCAUACAUUAAACGAACGAGUGCUUAGUACGAGAUCGACAGACGACAAAAAGGAUGACGAGAAAUCAGAAAAAAAAUUGACAGUUCUCGAGUCGCACGGUUAUAUUCUCGGAAAGACUAUAGGAGCUGGAUCGUAUGCCACAGUCAAGAUCGCAAAAUCUAAUCGGCAUGAUUGUCACGUAGCGGUAAAGAUAGUCUCGAAAUUCCAAGCGCCUGAAGAUCAUCUUACAAAAUUUCUACCUCGUGAGAUCGAAGUGGUCAAAGGAUUAAAACAUCCAAAUCUGAUUCGCUUCCUGCAGGCCAUAGAAACCACUCAUCGAGUGUACAUUAUCAUGGAAUAUGCACAAAACGGCAGUUUGUUUGAUGUAAUACGUCGCGAUAUUUACAUCGAUGAGAUGCGUAGCCGGAAGUGGUUUCGCCAACUCUUGGAGGCUAUUGAUUAUUGCCAUGAUCGUGGCAUAGUACAUAGAGACAUUAAGUGCGAAAAUUUGCUUAUGGAUCAUAAUUUUAAUAUUAAAUUGUCGGACUUUGGAUUCGCACGAAGUCAAAUGAAACCAAAAAAUGGCGAGUCGCUUCUUAGUACAACUUAUUGUGGCAGUUAUGCUUAUGCAUCACCCGAAAUUCUACGAGGUAUUCCAUAUCAGCCUCAACUUUCCGACAUAUGGUCCAUGGGAGUGGUGCUUUAUACUAUGGUGUACGGUCGGCUGCCAUUCGACGAUACAAAUCACGCGCAACUAUUAAAGCAAGUACAAAAUAGAGUGGGAUUUCCUAAACUUCCUAAAGUAUCUCGAUCAUGUCGUUCUCUCAUUAGCCGUAUAUUAGUACCCCAAUCGAUACGAUUGCGCAUCAAAAGUAUAAGAAAUGACGCCUGGUUAGAGACAUCCGUCGUCGCUCAAACGUCGAUCAGUGGCAGAUUUUUUGAACUAAUAUCUGCUGUACCAUCAAAUAAGGAAUCCAAAGUAUUCAAUGAACAUAUAAUAUCAAUUGCUUCAGCAAACUUUCAAAAAAGUGAGAAUUCUGAAAACGCUAUUGUUCAAGAUAACACAAAAAAACCGAUUUAAAAUGUGAAACUAUAACUAUACUAACGUAAACUAAUGUAAA